CCUCUCCCGUAAGGCGUAAACCCUUCGCCCCUCAAAAAAGAGCGCCUCACUUUCCUUCUUCCUUUUCUUGAACUCCAACUCUGCUACCUCUCAGUUUUCACUAUGAACCUCUCCUCUCUCCGCCUUGAAUCCAACCCUAGGUGGUCCUACCAUGCCGCCCACUUCCCGGCCCACCACGGGCUCAACCCCAGUUUCCGAAGAAACUUCGUAUCAUGCUCGUCCAUCAAACCCUCUGCCUCUUCCUCCUUAAGUGUUGCCGAGUCAUUCACUAGAGACUCAGCUAGUCGAAUUGAAUCAUUGAGUCAAGUUUCCGGCGUCUUAGGCUCCCAAUGGGGUGAUGAAGGCAAAGGCAAACUGGUCGACAUCUUGGCCGAACAUUUCGACAUAGUUGCUCGCUGCCAGGGCGGUGCGAAUGCCGGUCACACUAUUUAUAAUUCAGAAGGAAAGAAAUUUGCAUUACACCUUGUUCCUUCUGGAAUUCUUAACGAGGAUACUCUUUGUGUAAUUGGGAAUGGGGUUGUUGUCCAUUUGCCAGGUUUGUUUAAGGAAAUUGAUGGGUUAGAAGCUAAUGGGGUUUCUUGUACGGGUAGAAUAUUAGUGUCUGAUCGUGCACAUCUGUUGUUUGAUUUUCAUCAAGAAGUAGAUGGGCUUAGAGAAGCUGAGCUAGCGAAAUCUUUUAUUGGGACUACUAGGAGAGGGAUUGGACCAUGCUAUUCGAGUAAGGUGAUUAGGAAUGGGAUUAGAGUAUGUGAUUUGAGGCAUAUGGAUACUUUUCCGCAAAAGCUUGAUGCUCUGUUAUCAGAUGUUGCUUCGAGAUUUGAGAGUUUUAAAUAUGGUCCUGAAAUGCUUAAGGAAGAAGUUGAGAGGUAUAAGAGGUUUGCUGAAAGGUUGGAGCCGUUCAUUACUGAUACAGUACAUUUUAUGAACGAGUCCAUUGCAAAGAAGAAGAAAAUUUUGGUUGAAGGUGGUCAAGCUACCAUGUUAGAUAUUGAUUUUGGAACUUACCCUUUCGUGACUUCCUCGAGCCCAUCAGCUGGUGGGAUCUGUACUGGUCUUGGCAUUGCCCCCCGAGUUGUUGGUGAUCUCAUUGGAGUGGUAAAAGCUUACACUUCAAGGGUUGGUUCUGGUCCCUUUCCUACUGAGAUAUUGGGUCAAGGUGGUGACCUCCUAAGGUUUGCUGGGCAGGAGUUUGGAACAACUACUGGUCGACCUCGUCGUUGUGGUUGGCUUGAUGUAGUUGCGUUGAAGUAUGUUUGUCAGAUUAACGGCUUUUCUUCUCUGAACCUCACCAAACUCGACGUGUUGUCAGAAUUCUCUGAAAUCCAGAUAGGUGUUUCUUAUAAACAAAUUGAUGGUACACCAGUGGAAUCAUUUCCAGGAGAUCUCUGUCUCCUUGAACAAUUAAAGGUGGAUUAUGAAGUCUUACCUGGAUGGAAGAGUGAUAUUUCUUCCAUCAGAAAGUAUGCGGACCUUCCAAAGGCUGCACAGCAAUACGUGGAGAGGAUAGAGGAGCUUGUUGGUGUACCUAUUCAUUACAUUGGUAUUGGGCCGGGACGUGAUGCUCUCAUAUACAAAUAAUAUGAUCAUAACUAGAUGUUCUGGGGGGUUUUCAUGUUCAUGCAGGUGAGAUGAAACUCAUUACCUUAGCACAUUUAAUCCCGAUUAUGAUGCGGCCUUUUUUUCUGGGCGAAAGCCAGGAUUGUUAAUUUUUUAAAAUGAAUUUUGAUAACUGUUCUGUACUAUCCAUUUGAAGUUCACUUUGUAUCGCAUGUUCAAUAAUUUUGACACAUACGCUAAUGUUUUAUUGUUUACCUCUAUUUUAAAAAUUAAGUUUGAAGGCA